UGUCGUUAUGGUUCGCGAGCUCAUCAUGAGAGACGACCUCGUCUCCAAAGAGGUUCUGAUUCUGCCAACUCUAAUUCACAUCGUUCAAGGACGAAAAGGUAUGGGACAUUCCCGCGUCUAAUACAAGGGUCUCAACCCCAAAAUCAGGACGACCAAAAUGACGGUCAAGGUUCUAAAGUGACAAGCGGCAACAUGGGAUAUUCGACACAUUCUACUGGCACACUCAACAUGGGACAACAAGGAACUUGGGACAGUAAUGUCUCAAAUUAUAGUACAGUGAAUGAAGUAAUUUCCAGUGACAAUGUGCAUGGAAGUAUGGUGGUUGCAUCAGACCAGGGGCUUCAAACUGAUGACUCCUUUGACUUUGUUUCUUCUACUGAUGGUCUAUUUUCAACUAAUUUUGAUUUGCAACAGUUUGACAACGGUCAUGUGGUCUCCAGCCAAGUUAAAGAUCCUACUACUGUUGUCAACACUCUGACAUCUGAUGCAACUAACGGCGAAGAGGAAUUUUGGAGUUCGUGGAUCGCAGAAUUUGCAAGGGAUUGUUGAAAGCAGAAAGUGCUACAUACAGCACAAGAGAGGAACAUAAAUUAAGAACAACAAUAUAUACUUUUAUUUUAAUUAUGGGAUUAAGUUUGAUGUAAGAAUUUACAUAGUUUCUAUUAAACCCUCUACAAAUAUGCAUUUCUUUUGUUAUAUAGU